AUGCGGACUGGCAUGGCACCCGGAGUCCUAUGUUUAUGUCUCAUCAACGCGCAGACAACUUCUCGACAGGUCGAGGCCGUCCUUUUCAGAAACGGAUACUGGGAACAUCUCGACGACAGCGGCGAUGGCACAUUGUGGGAUCUGCAGAUCAUGGCAUUGCGGGUCUAUGCGUCCAUCAUUGAGUCGGAUCCUUUACAGUUGCAGUUUGUCCCGUUAGAUGUGUCCGUCGUUUUCAACCUGGAGGACCCUCUUUAUACUCUCAACAUCACUGUAUAUGGCAAUGUGUCUGGGACUGCCGAUCGGUCGUCUUCCUAUCCAUCUCCCGAUGAUCCCCGAUGGUCGAAUCCCAACGAUACUGUCGGGAAGAUCGUUGAUCUCAACACCGCCAACAACAAAUAUAGUACUCUUCUAACCAAUGUGGACGUAGUCAGCUUCUCCCCAUAUAGCGAUGCCUCCAGAUUCUGCGAUGCCGUUACCCAAGGAGGGCCUUGCCCUUUGGGACCGGUCUUUUACGCAAAUGCGUCUGACUUGUCCGCGCUGCGCGCUUUCUCGGUCCAGCACGACAUGCAAUCGGCCUACCGCUUUUCCACCCUCUCGUCAUCUUUCAAAAUCAAAUCGGGCGACGCAGCAGCUACUGCGCUCGGAUGUAUAACCGUGGACAUCACGCCGGACCUUGGAACAUCUUUGAAGAAUGCUCUAGCCUACGUCCCCCUGGUCAUCCUUGUGCUGGUUGGGAUCGCAACAAUAUCUGCGGCAAUGUACAGCCCGUGGGGCACGACGAAUUUCUUCCACUGGACAAGCAAUUAUGGCCGGGAUGAGGAUGUUCUGCGACUUGUGACACCGGGCUUCGGGGACUGCCUGCAGUAUAUACAGUUCGCGGUUUUGACGGGGGCGCUCUCAUUGAAUUACCCUGGAUACUAUCAGCCAGUGGUCAGCCAAGUCGCCUGGUCUACUCUUAUGUUCAACCAGAGCUUUGUCCAUCCAGGUCACGGGCGAGAUCCUGUAGUUGAUGGGGUUUAUGCCGUCAACGCUACCUAUGGGCUUGAGAGAUUGGAUCAGUAUGUCGGAAUGGCCACAGCAAGUGACAUCUGGCCCGGGAUGAUCAUCUGGUUGGUCGUGAUCCUGGGCAUAGUCACCGUUUUGAUUCAGCUUGCAUUUGCUUUCCGUUGGCUUCACCACGAACUAGCGAAUAUCCCGGAAGAGGAUCUCCGUUCGAAGAACAUGCCGUUCACUGUGGGGAAUGUGGUUCGGAUAGUUUUCAACUUUCUGUUCCUCCCCGUGGUGUCAUUAUCCUUCUUCCAGCUGGUGAUUGCUGGCGACUCUCCAGCAUACUCUGUGGCGCUCGCCGUGGUGGUUAUUCUCGCAUUAUUGGCAUUUUCCAUCUGGACAGUCAGAUUGAUCGUGAGCACGCGCCCCAAGUCACACCUUUUCGACGAUCUACCGACAGUGUUAUUGUAUGGACCUCUCUACAAUACCUGCUGUGACGAUGCGGCAGCAUUCGCGGCUGUAACAAUCUUCAUCACUUUUGCGCGUGGUGUUGCAAUUGGCGCUCUCCAACCAUCCGGCAUAGCCCAAAUAGUUCUCCUCGCUAUCUGUGAAGUUGUAUAUGUUCUCACCCUCGUGGCCUUCCGACCAUUUCCACAUCCCACAUCCAUGAACCUUUAUCAUGCCUGUUUCGCCAUCGUGAGAUUUCUCACGAUACUUCUCAGCGUCGUGUUCGUCCCUUCUCUUGGAGUAUCGCAGGCGGCGCGCGGGUGGAUUGGAUACAUCAUACUCUUACUCCACGCUUUGGUCCUUGUCUUUGGAUUCUUCCUAAACGCACUACAGACUUUGAUUGAAGUGAUAGCUCGUCUCGCUGGCGCUGGCGGUUACGAAGGUGGUGCCACUCGCGGAGGACUCGUCAAGGUAUUCGGCAUGCGCCAACUCUCGCGGCGCCUACCGAGGCGCGAUGCUGCAGGGACACGUCAAAGCAUGGCCUCCGAUGCUGUCAUGCUUGCGCACACGGAUGAUCGGAUGUCCGCGCAAUUCGAUGGCUCAAGACCAAGGAGCCUUUCAAACAGCUCUGCGCUGCUCUUGAACAGAGCAACCGCAAGCGACGGCAGGGCCAGUGGAAUUUUCGAAUCAGGAAGUGCACAUGGUGGAACGCAUAGUCGUGCCAACAGUAGUGGGUUGUAUACUCCUACCACCCUUGGGGGUUUCCAGGGUGCUGGCUACCAAACGACAGGAAGCAACUCGCCCAAAAGCGGUCUCAUCUACGCCGCGCAGCCACAUGACCCCUAUUAUAGACCCCCUCGGCCCCGUAGAAAUAACGAAAGAGGCGCGUCUUUCGAAAAGGGCAGGGCAGUCUCACGCACAGUUUCAAGGUCGGGCAAUCUGGGCGAUAUGGACGACGAUCUCAUCGAGGGUCCCUCAAUUUCCGGAAGGGGUACUCCUGUGCCUGCGUAUCUUCCGGCACCCAAGGAAGAUCUUGACUACGACGAUUCAAGACCGUCCCGAAAGGACUAUGCCGUUCGUGAAGUAGACUUCUAUUACCGAGUGCGAGGCCCUCCACUUUCCCAAUCUGGGACAAGAAAGUUGAAGACCGGCCCCGCAGAUCCCACGGGCCCGGUUUCCUCCGCUACAGGCUUUUUCCGAAACCUCUUCAGGGGAAAAACAAAGGAGAAAGGCAAGGGGUUUGAAGUUGUCCGCAGCACCAGAGCACCGCCUCCUGGCCUCUUUCCCGAGGGAGAUAAUUUCAAUGAGCCGUACAGGGAUGAGCCCGAGGAGCAGGCAUCCCAUGAUCAUGAACGCCAGCCUACAGAGAACGAUGUGGAGGAAUCUGACUCGGAAGAAGACGUCAAUCCACCGACUGAGCAGCCUUCCAUCACCUUACCGCAACUUGACAUUGGUGGUGCUAUCGAGCUCCCUAGCCGGCUGGGGUCGCGGCGUAGCUCGCAAGCACCCUCCGUGGCACGGCGGGAUUCUGUCAAUGCAUCGGAUCUAGAGAAGGACGAUCAAUGUCAGUCCCUACCCGUGGUCGAGGAAGUUAUCUCGACGGGAGUUACAACACCUGAACUUCAGCACGACACUACGCGCUUUCCGACAGGUCAACUUCAGCCCUCGUCCGGUGCUGGUCGCCUGCCAUUCAGCGCCAACAGCUCGCCUUCUCAGGAUCGGAAUGUAUCAAUUGCGUCCACGACUGCGUCGACGUCAUCCAGUCGCCGAGUCGGUCAUGACGGCAGCGGUAAAUCUGAACGUCCGUCGAGCGUGGGUUAUGUUGCUCAGCACCGAACUUCGGAUUAUAUUCACCAGGCUAGCCCGGACGAGCCCACCUUCACAGGAAGUGCGGCUGAAUUAGUGGACGAAGCUCCUCAGCACGGAGGAGUGCAUUAA